CUCUUUCCUUGUUUUCUGGGCCGGUGGGCCUGUGGGCCUGCUGUCCCCCUGUCACGGACACAGACGGAUCUAGAGAUACCUCCGUGACAAAAGGGCAGCUCCUCCACCUCGCUUGCCCAGCCUGUCUUUUCUAAAAAGGACUUGGCCCUCUGUGACAGCAUCCCAGUCAGGCGAGCCGCCCCACCACCUCUCCGUGACUGCAAUGAGAUCGCAGUUACCCCGAGAGGGACACAAGAAGAUUUUGGACGGAGUAUCGGCGCCAUUGCCUCCUCUGAGGAGCCCUUGCACGAUCCUAUGGGACAACUCAGAGGUUUCUCCCCGCAGUCUCCAACAGUGACAACGUCCCUCAGCCCUUCUCUGUCACAUCUAAUUCCCAUCCCUUCUCCCUUCGGAUCUCGUUGGAAGCCCUGGUAAUCAAUCCACAGAACUUGUUCCCCAGUACACUUCUGCCCCGCUCGCUUAGUUGGAGUCCAUCAGGAGCCCCCCUACCCAGUACCUCAAAGGCCUGUCCGAGAUCAAAAUGCCCAAAGCCUUGAUCAAGACAGCACCCAUUCAGCCAGUUGUUUACCUGACACGUUCUCCUCCAUCUUCCUGGGUCCCAGCUACCCAUCGGAAGGACAGAGGAGAACUCUGCCUGCACCCCUGAUCCCUUCAACAUCUUUCCAAGGAAUGCAAAGUCCUGUUUAACAUGCUUUAGUUUCCUCACUGCAGCAUCCUGGGGCCCAGCCUGAAUGACAGUAAAAGGGUAGCAGUCUUCCGCUUACAUGAGCCGUGGUAGAGCCUUCCCAAUGUCUCUAACAUACACGUGCCCCUGGAACAGAGCACGCCUCACUGGAGAGAUUACCCGGGCGGCAAAUGGGAGCCUCAGUGCCUCCCAGCAAGGAGUCCGUCCCCCCCCCCCCCACCGUUGCUAAGACUCUCCGCCAUUUUUGGUGCCACUGGUAUCGAUGCAGUGCCCUGACCGGCCCUGCUCCCUGUGCUUGCUACUCCCUGCAUUCUCAGUGUGCUUCCCAGGGCAUGAGUUUGGGCUGCUUUGCAAACCUUCGUCCCUCUCCCAUGCGAGAGCCUCGAAUCCAUUACUCGGGGACACCGUAGGGGACACUGCAGGGGUCAGCAGCACUGGGGGCUCGGGGGCAGACGCUCCCAUCUGCUUUGAGCAGAGAUGAGGGUCCAGCCCCUUUCCUCUCGCAGGCUGUCUAGAUCUCUGACCUGCAGGUGAGCGGCUGCAUUGGCUACUCCCACUUGCAGGGCCUUAGGAGGAGGCUGCGUGCCUGCAGUGGAAGCAGGUUCACAGCUCCUCCUCAGAGAUCCCCAAGAGCUCCUCAGGCUGCUGAUUUCUCACAGCAGCCUGGCCAUCUGCUCCAGCAGCUCCUUGAGCAGGGUGCACCUGCAACCAGGUUCUUUUAACUGAACAAGCUCACAGGUAUGGUGAGAUAUUUCCUUUACUGCAAUCGAAAUGGAAAUCACAGUGAGUUGGAUGGCCUACUGCUGUUCUUCUCCCGUGCCAGAGAAGGCCAUAUCUCCCAGCACCACCAAAGGUCGUCCAUGCAGCCCAGCGCUGUGGGAGGCGGUUCCGCCCAACACCGUGACGUCUCUACCACCCAACACAGCUUCAAGCCACUGCGCGCCACCCUCCAUUACGUGCUGGGGGCACAGGGUCGCUCUGCCCCAUAGCGCAGAAGGCCGCAGCCCCACCCUCCACUAUGAGCUGGGCCAGAAGGCCGCACCGUCCAAUAGCAGUGAAGGCCACUGCCCCACCCGCCAUUAUGACCUGGGCCAGCACACAGUAUAAAAGGCCGCUGGCGCACCCUGCCACGGCAUUCACUGUCGGCACACCCUCGCGACAGGGACGAGAGGCAGUGGGCGCUACGGGGUCAGGGGCAGCUGUCCCUGCAGACCCCAGGAAGGAGAGCGACUUUCGGUGGCCUUUGGCCACAGCUUUUGGAGGCCGAGGGUCUCUUCAGAUCCGCGUGGCCAUGCUGCGGGAGGCAGCAAAGCGGGAGCAGCAGCUCCUGGCCAACCAACUGCGCUGUGCCUGGGAGAAGCAGCAGGCCCAGGAGGAGCAGCGGCUGAAGGAGCGGGAGCAGUGGCAGCGGGCGACGGAGACGCGGCAGCUGCUGCGCUGGAAGGAGGCCGAGCUGCACGCCACCAAGGAGCUGCUGCAGCGGGAGUGCGAUGCCGCCCUGCGCCAGGCUCGGGAGCUGCAGCAGCUGCUGGCCCAGGAGCUGAGGAGCCCCCACAGGAGCAUCUGGGAGGCCCGCGCCAAGCUGCAGGACGUCCUCAGCAAGCUGCGCUGGGAGACGGAUGGUGAGCAGCCCGCCUGCAUCCGCCACCUCCAGCAUCAGCUGGAGCUGGAGAGGAGGCUGUUCAACCAAUACAUCGUGGGGAGCUGGGAGGGCGAGCCCAAGCUCGUGGACAGCCAUGCUGCAAAGGACGCUCACGUCCAGGUGCCAGAGACGGCCAAGGAAGACCUGGGGCUCCCAGGCAGACGGCCCUCUACCAACCGGGGCCCGGGGCAGCUCCUGGCCGACCGCCUGCGCUCCAAGUGGGAGCGGGAGCGGGCGUCAAAGCUGCAGCGCCUGCGCGAGCAGAGCCAGAAGCAGCGGGAGACAGAGAUCCGCCAACUGCUGCGGGCGAAGGAGGCCCAGCUCCGCCAGAUGCAGGAGCGGCUGCAGAAGCAGCGCAAUGACACCGUGCGCCAGGCAUGGCAUCUGCAGCGGCAGCUGGUGGAGGAGCUGCUGAGGGGCGACAGCAGCAGCGGGGAGCGCAGAGUGCAGCAGGAAGUCCAGCGGCAGCUCUGCUGGAAGCCCCGUGGAGAGCAGGCCGCCCACGUGCUGCGCCUCCAGCGGGAACUGCAGGAGCAAAGGAGAGGCUUCCUGCAGUACAUCCUGCAGCACGGUGAGGGCCAGCCGCCCGUCUCCUGCAACGGGGCCAGGGCCUGCCAUCGGGCUGUAGCAGAGGUGGGCGUUCAGGCUGCAGAGCAACAAGAGGCCUGCCCACCUGAGCGCACGGAGCUGCAGGAGCAGGACGCUCUUCUGCUGAGGGAGCUGAAGGACCUGCAGAGACAGUGCAGCCUCCUUCAAGAGGAGAUCUGCCUGCUGAGGAGCAGAAGCUCUCAGCAGAUGAGGCAGGAGGUGGAGCGGUGCGAGGACAAGAGGCGUACGCUCAGCCUCCUCACCAAGCAGCUGCAGGAAGGAGUCCGGCAGCUCAAGGAGGCCUCUUCCACAUCCAGCGAGGCCUCAGAAAAGGCACAGCAAGUCAACCAGCUACAGGGACGGCCUUUGGAAAAGGAGAAUGGCAGAAAGCUGGAGCCGCACGGAAACCCAGAGCAGGAAUGCUCCAACCCACAGGAGAGGUUGGAGGAGUCGGAAGUGCGGCUGAUGGCAGUCUGCAGCCUGCAUUCUCGCAGACCGCCAUCGUCACCACCACUAAUUCGAAGAUUCUUAGCUCGUCACAGCUACAAUCCUUUUGAGGGCCCUAAUGAGGACCCAGAAAACGAGCUUCCGCUGACUGCGGGACAAUACGUUUACAUCUCUGGAGACGUGGAUGAGGAUGGCUGGUUGCUGGGAGAGCUGACGGACGGCACAAGAGGACUGGUGCCUUCCAAUCUGGUGGAAGAAGUUUCAGACGAUGACCAGGACACAACCGUGCCUCCAGAGCUUCGUGAUCUCCUGCUGGAUCCCGAUGAUGAAGAGAGACCGGGCAGCAGGAGCGGUGGCAGAAGGUGAUGGUCACCACCCAGAAAUCUGUGUCCGUCUGUUGGCUGAUCCUGGGGGACGCAGAGAUUCCUCUCCAUCAGACAGCAACAUCCCAUCAAAAUUCCACCUUUGUGGAUGAAGACUACCUCCUGCUCCACUUCACGUUCAAGUGGAGCGUGGUCCAUCAGCAGCAAGACCUUGAACAUUCAUCAUCUGUAUGACUGGGAAUUCGUUACAUUGGACUGGACUAAAACAACAAAACAAAACAACACAACAACAACAACACCAACACCAAAAAUAUUAUUAAAAAAAAAAUACAAAAUAACCAAACCCAAAAAAAGCGUGUACAGUCCUCUUGUUUUCUGGCAAUCCGCUUUCCUGGUUCUCCAGGGAAGGUUUUGGAGGGAACAAGUGAUAGCUCUGAACUGCCUGCCUUCCAAGUAAGGACGAGUCAUGCUCAGGACCCCCACGGUCCUGGGGGACGUUCCAAGAGGCAGCAGGCAGAGAGAAGAAAAGCUCAGGACAGCUACAAGGAAGAAUCUUUGCGAUGAGCUGCUCUUCUCUUGUGCUAUCCUUUGUAAGGCAGAGGGGCAGCCAAAAAGAAGCUUUGCGUGUAACUUCCAAACCUGGCAUUUUGCAGAUAACACCUUUCUGCCCAUCUUUGUUUCAUAGCCCCUAAGGAUCUCUUGCUUCUCAGUUAGAACGGUUGUCACGGACAGGGGCUGCUGCAUUCCCUCACACCUCCCCUGCCAUUUCUCUUGUCCCAGCAGGCUCCAGUUCAACUGCUGCCUUCACCUGUGACUGAUGCAGCCUGCAGGAGAGCAGCAAAUGGCCAUAGCACUUCCAUCUCUGGUGGGCGGGGGCUUGGGGAAACAGCCAGGAGAAGGCAAGGGGCAAGAGAUGGGAGCGCAGGGACACCGCGAGAUGCCCUCAGCCAGCAUUUGUGUGCUGGGGACAGAGAAGCUGCUGGGCCUGCAGUUUCCCUCCUCUCCGAGCCUGCUUCCCUGGGCCUUGGCUGUUCCCAGCAAGGAGCACCUUGCUUGCAGGAGCCUGUGAGCUUUGUGGAGGUGGCUGUGUAUUUCAGCAGGGAAAAGUGGUGUACCACAGGAUAAGAUUGUGUAAAGCACUGGGAGUUGAACAGUCAAUGUUCCGGAUCUGUGGACCGCUGUUUCUGGGUGCUUCUUUCUCGGGGCGGCGAGGCUGCAUUCCCCAGAGGAGUUUGCACCCAGAGGAAGAGAGGUGGAGCUCCUGGCAGGAGGAUCUCUCUUUGGUCGCUGUCGAGGAGCAUGCGGUCCCUUGCCGCUUUUCGCCUGCAGCUUUCGAGGAAGGGCCUCGGUUUGGGCACUGUCUCUCUCAUUUUGGUUGAUUUGUUGGCCUCAGUUCCAACUGGACUGUGUCAUAUUGUGUUAUCUUGCAUUCUGAUAUCAUCCUUAGUAAAGGAAUGUUCCUUC